CCGUGGCAAGCUGGCUUUGCUUCCAGUGGCUGCCUAAAACGUGGAUGUUUUGCUCUCCUACCUCAGAGGCAUUCAGACAUUGCUCUUUCCUUUCCAGAUCCCCCCAACUAGCCUGGGAAACUCAGUGAUGAAGGCAUGAAUGGGCAAGGACAGCUGUAGAAGAAGGCUGAAAGUGUGGAGUUUGCUAGAAAGAGAGAAGCUCUGGAGCUCUGAAGAUCUUGCCUUUUGGCCUGUCCCUCAACUAUAGAUCUUCUGAACAUUCUCAAGUUGACCUACACUCUUCUUCAAAAAUUAACGACAUGAAAUUCUUCUACAAGGCACUGCUGGCCUUCUGGGUCCUAUUUGAAGGAUUCUUGGCUGGACCAUGGAGAGCUUGGAUGCCCGAACACAUCUCUGCCUUUGAGGGUACCUGUGUGGUUAUCCCAUGUCGCUUCAGCUACCCAGAAGAGCUACGUCCACCAACCAUCCAUGGCAUCUGGUACUUCAACAGUCCCUACCCCAAGAACUAUCCCCCAGUGGUUUACAAAUCCCGCACCAACAUUGUCCACGACAGCUACGCUGGACGCAGCCGGCUGCUGGGAGAGCUGAAUUUCCGCAACUGCACCCUGCAGAUCUCCCGUCUCAGCCCUGAACUCAUGGGGAAAUAUUACUUCCGGGGGGACCUUGGUGGCUACAAUCAAUAUACCUAUCCAGAGCACUGCAACCUUGAGAUCAUCAACAAGCCCACCAUUGUGAUUCCCCCAGAGGUGGUGGAAGGCUCAGAAGCAGAGCUGCGCUGUGUGGUGCCUGACAACUGUCCAGACAUGAAGCCUGUCAUCACGUGGAUGAACUACGAGAAUUUGGCUAAGCAUUCAGUCUAUGCACAAAUAGAGGAAGAAGGAGGCACUUGGUCACUCAUCUCCAUACUUAAGUUCCUACCAGUGCGUGAGAACCAUGGACAUGAGGUGGGCUGCAAAGUCACCUACGCAAACACCACUUUUGAGUUUGAGGGCUUCUCGACUCUGGAUGUCAAAUACCCACCCCGUAUUCUACAAGUGAACUCCUCCAUGGAAGUCCUCCAUGGCACUCAUGUGGUCUUGAUGUGUAUUGUGGACAGCAGCCCAAUGGCCUUGAUUGCCUGGCUCCGAGAAGAUGAAAUUCUCCAUGAGGACUUAGCUGGGAACCUCACGCUCUACCUCGACAACGUCACUCACCUGCAGGACGGCAUCUACGCUUGUGUGGCUGAGAACAUUUAUGGCAAAGACAACCACUCCCUUCUCGUGUCUGUGCUGUAUGCUCCUUGGAAACCAGUAGUCAAUGGGUCAAUGAUGGCCAUUGAGGGAGAGCCUGUAACUAUCUCCUGCAGCUCACAGAGCAGCCCUGAACCAACGAUCACCAUCCUCAAGGACAAAAAGGCAGUAGCCAUGGGGGUCUACCAGAACCAGGUGGAGCUGGAGUUUGAAUCCGUGUCACACGAGGAUGAUGGUGAAUACUGGUGCACAGCAGAGAACCAGUUCGGCCAGCGCAGCACUGCUUUCAAUCUCACCGUUGAAUUUGCUCCCCAUAUUCUUCCGGACUCCAAGUGCACAGCUGCUCGGGAUACCGUGAAAUGCAUCUGUGCGGCCAAAGCCAACCCAGAAGCUAUGAUCACUUUUGAGUUGCCCACCCGCAACGUGACAGUCAAUGAGACUGAUCGGGAGUUUGUUUACUCCCAGAAAACUGGCUACAUUGUCACCAGCAUCCUGACUGUUCAGAGGGAGGUAGACUCUCAGCUCUACAUAGUCUGCUCCGCCAGGAAUCUCUAUGGCACCAAGAACCAGCAGCUUCAGUUCCAUCACUCCAACAGUCUGAUGUGGGCAAAGGUUGGUCCAGUGGGAGCUGUCGUGGCCUUUGCCAUACUCAUAGCUGUUGUGUGCUAUGUCAGCCAGGCCAGAAAAAAGAAAAACAAUGAAAAUUCUGGCUUCGUGCAAACAGAAAACCCUCCCGUUGUCUACAGUGGAGACUACAGGACUCCAGGCAAUCUGGAAAAAUCAGAGUAUGGGCGCUAUGACAAACGGCUGUUGAACAAGCGUGAGGACCUGGGGAUUGAUUACGCCAACAUAGACUUCACCAAAUUGUCCACCAAGGACAGCUACACCCUGACGGAGGAGCUGGCUGAGUACGCUGAGAUCCGAGUCAAGUGAGGCCUUUUCUCACCAUGGCCUUUCCUCCCACUGGAACUACAGUCGUUAAACGAAACCCCAAGCCGUCAUCACUGGGCUGGCCACCCAUCAUCUCUCAGGGGACUCCACGCUACACACUGGUUUUGAUAUUCUGAUGUUCACACUCCAAAAUGUGGUGUGAACUUUCAUUUCCUGUGGAGUACAUACUGAAGAUCACACUAUUGCAGAUUAGGGCUCCCCCUCUCUCUCACACUCAUACACAAACCCCACAAGUAAACACAUGUCCUUUUGGCCAGCCAACCGGUUGGUUACAGAAUGGUAAGAGGACAGCUCUUUCUACUUCUACAGUGGUAAAUUGCUAAAUCUUGGGUGCCUAUUCUAAUCCGCUAGCAAACAACCAAACUAGAACAUGAUUCCAGGUCAUAAUCAUAAGGAUCAGGCUGACAAAUCCGGAAUAGGUGUGAUCUUAGGUAUACAUCUAUCUAAUAUGGUUCCAUGAAGGAGGUUGCGUUUCUAUGAGAAGUGAAUGGGUUGGAUUUCCCCACAGGACCCAGGAAUCUUGAUCCUUCUCACUGAAGCUGAUGAGCAUAAGUAGUAGAGUUGGCCCUAUAUCUGUAAAACGUUCACGUCACAUUCUAAACUCAUGCUGGAGAAAUCAAACUCUAGCUCACAUGCCUCAAUAACUCUACAUCCUUGUCUUCAACAAAAUAAAAAAGAAAGCAGGGAAUUAUUUAGGUACAUGUCAUUUAUUUCUCCAUGUAUUAGACAGCAGAUAUUUACAACCCCGUUCCUACUCCAGCAUCAAGUUUCAGGUAGAAGGACACAAAGGGACAGGAUGGCGGAAAACGUCACACAGUGAUUUCUAGCAUCUUCAGGGCACCAGCCAGCUCUUGCUGAAGAAAUAUAAGGCCUGUCCACCUACUGUUCUUUUGACACAGCAAUGAUUGGAUGAUUUUAGAAGAUGCUAUGAAUCGCUAGCAUGGAAAUGACCUGUUAUUCAUCGUCAAGCCAUUUUUACCAGAUAUGCUUAGAUCCAAUUUUACAUUUCCCAUAUUUGUUAAGUAGAGGACUAACUUCUGUUUCCUAUAAUGUGUGUUCUGUUUCAUCAAGGGUUUCCUUCUGCACCCAUAAUAGUCCCAAGUGAUACAUUCCUGAUGUUGUUAGCAUGACUAAUGAAAGUCCCGUGUGUUUUGUUGAAGCAACUGGAUAUUGUAUUCUGUAGCAUCCACUCAGCUCCGUCCCCAGCUUUGCCUUUUGAGAAGUGCCCUUUCCCAAAUAAGUAAAUUUGCUGGGCAAAGGGCCUUCUCUUUCCUUUGCUUGUUCAGCCUCAGGAAAACAGAAGGCUGAUCUUUGAUGUGUUAAACCCAACAAGAAUCCCAUCGCUUUUGAUGGCACUGGAAGGAUAUGGGAGAAAUAUCUUGGCUCCUUCAUGAUUUGCUGAAGACCUAUGGUUAUGUUCAAAACCUUGACUGUUCAUCCUCAGGAUCAGAUAAUAAAGCUUCCCAACUGUAAAGCCGUUUUACCUACAAAGGUGGUGGGCCCCCCUUCACUUGAAGUGUUCAAGUUGGGGCUAGACAACCAUCAUUUGGUGAGGGUUUAAUUUGGAAUCCUGCACUGAGCAAGAGGUUGAACUUGAUGGUUUAAAUGGCCCCUUCCAACUCCACGAUGUUAUGACCACUAUCGAUUACAUUUCCACUUGGGUUAAGGAGAAAUUGAAAUGUUCGGUAGCUCCUUUGGUGCUUUCUCCAAAAACUACAAUAAGGAAAUACUGUAGCUUGGUUAACAGCCACCCAAAUGUUACUCAGGCAUGAACAAUGUUUUAAGUUCUCCAAAGCUUUUCAGUCCAUGAGAAAAACUUCAGGAGCAUUCAAAACUUGUUCAUAACAUGGUGACAUGUUGUCGAGUCCUAAUAAAAGUAUUGCUGUUUGUGACUUGGAGAAACAGAGAAUCUUAUCAGCCAGGAGAUGAAGUUAAAGAAUCUAGCAAGCAUGAUUCCUUUUAAUUUCCCCAUUCCUUUCUUUACAUCAGCAGUUUAGCCACAACUUUCUGUGAAAAGGGCAAAACAACUAGGAAUUCAGGCAUGUGAAGCUUUUCAUGUUAUUCAAAAAUAAUCUCAGGAAAGGUUUUUACUGCUUGGAAAGUCCCCAUGUCUAUUGUUGCAGGUCCUAUGGAGUAAUGUUUACAGAAUCAAAUUCCUCCUUCAGUUUGGUUUUUGAAAUCAAGGUUCCUCUCAAGUCCCCAUCCUUUCCGGCACACACAUAUCCUGUGUUUUUGUACUGUACAGAAAAAGAUACUGUAUUUUGCUGAUUAAGCCACAGCCAAAUCACUUUUUAAAAAGUUGGGAAUUCAUGAAACUCAGCUGAGAAGGAACCCCCAUCAUGACUCAAUGAGAUGGCGUUCCAAUUUGUGUCUGUGAAGAAGAGCCAAAAAGCUGUAAUUCUCAGAUGGCAAGCUAAUUCCAAUCUCCUAACAAGAUUAAUAUCUAACAUUUCAGGCAAAAGCGUGUUUCUAUUUAUU